AAAGAACAGAUCGGAAAACUGGUUGUCCCUAACGGGUGGUCAUCAGAACACGGACCCCAUGAGGACGGAUGCAGUUAUAAUCAGGAAAUUGUAUGGGAUUUGUACACAAAUUACGUGAAAGCGGCCGACAUUUUGGGAGUGGACAAGGAGUUCAGGGAUCGCAUCGCCGGUCAGAGGGAUAAGCUGUUAUGGCCAGGGAUUGGAUCGUUCGGACAACUGAUGGAAUGGAUGGAAGAACAGCCGGGCGAGAAGACCGACCAUCACAGACAUACAUCCCAUUUGUUUGGCUUAUACCCGGGACAUCAAUUCACUGUAGAGACUACAUCCAAUUUGACCAAAGCUGCCUCGGUAUCCCUUGAGCACAGAGGUAUAGACCCAUCGUAUGAAGUGAAGGAGUGGUCAUUCGCGUGGCGCACAGCCCUAUACGCCCGGCUCAAGGAUGCCGAGAACGCCCACCUCUUGUUCCGCCAGUUAUUUGCCGAUCGUAAUACCUGUCCCAAUAUGUUUGGAUUACACCCUCCGAUGCAAAUCGACGGCAACUUCGGUAUCACUGCAGCCGUCGCCGAAAUGCUAGUCCAAAGUCACGCCGACUUUGUGGAGGUAUUGCCGGCGCUGCCGAAGGACUGGAAGACCGGACACGUGAAGGGCCUGAGAGCCAGAGGCGGACAUCAGUUGGAUAUCUAUUGGGAAAAUAAUAGCCUGAAGUCUGUUCUCAUUAAAAGUAUUAUCGCCGGCGAUCUUAAAGUGAAAUCCGGAAAUACUGUCAAAUCGGUUAAAGUGACUCCGAGUAAACCA